AAAAAAAAAAGCCCUGAAACUUUCCACGGGAAGCGGGCACUUUUCGCAAAACAUGAAUUUAGUUGGCAGUCUGACGGUAGUGGUGUUACCGAUAAAAACCGGUUGUUACCACCAGUUCAUACCGCACUGAGACCUGCAGGUCCCUGGCAAACGCUGCCCACAUCCACCACCGCCUGUGGCAGAAAUACUGAUUUUGAUGGUGCAUGGUCGCCAGAGACUUGGUGUCACUUUUCCUAAGUGUCUGAGUAAUUAACCUCUAGAAUGUGGUGUAAGCGAGCACAUUGCCCCGGCCUCAGUUCUCCUUGCCCUUUCCCUCAAGGGCUGCUUGUCCGUCUGUCCAUCCAUCCUUCCCUCCCCAGCCCCUGGUUUGGCAGCAAGCGGCUCGGCAUCCCCAGGGGCAGUGGCUUAUCAGCUGUGGGUGAAAAUGCUUUGUGCUUAUCCCUUGCUUAUCUGCACGGGGUCUGCUGGGGCCUGAUUAGGGGUUGCAAAGCGAUGUUCAGAUGAAAGGUGCUACGGGGGAAAGGGUUGCAUCCACAGAUUAUUUAUCCCCUGCGCACGCUCCGAACGCCGGCCAGGCUUCCCAGCCUCCCCACCGCCUGCUCCAGGCCGGGGAUGGUGCCAAGGUUUGAUGUCCUGCUCGGUCCAACGUGGCAAAAGGACCAUCGCCUCCCUAAAUUAGCAAUGAUUUAGUCUGAUUCACGCUGGCAAUUCCUGCGUGCCUUCGUUUCAGGGGACUGGCGGAGAGUGGGAGGGGGAGCUACAUGUUUUAAACUCCAGCUCCCUGCAGACCUCAUUGAGCUGUAUUCCCCCCCUGCCUGCGAGGUUUGUUUGCAACUCUCCUGUGCAUCCAGAGGAGAAUUAGCUGCUUUGGUGUGUGGCCCUGGGUUUGCACAUGGAAAAGCCAAGUAAAUAUAUGACAUUGCUGGGGAAACUUCAGAGAAAAUUAGCCACAGCUUCUCCCACCUUCCCCUCCCUGGGGUUCCUGAGCAUCCCCGAGUAGAAGCUUGCAGGAUUCUCUCCACCCACACUUUUUUUCCGACUUUAAGCUCUUCCCACCCUCUCCCUGCAGUGCUUCGCCCUCCUUCCUCCCAGCUGAAACCCCACUGCUUUCCCAAACUCCUGGCGACCUCCCCGGGUGGGGUGCGGGUGGCCGGUCGGGGCCAGGGGCCGGGAUGCUCCCCCAGCCCUGCAGCGCGGGGGGGACCGGGGUGGGAACGCUCCGGCUGUGACUCAGCGCGCUCGCGCUCUUCAGGAACAGGAUUUCAAGGGAUUUCACACCCCAAACACAACCCCAGCUUUCUCUCGCUCAGCAGAAAUGAGAGAUCAAAAAAAAAUGCACCGAUUCUGGUUUUCCUUCGGUGUAUAUAGACCUGUGCUCAGCUUUUAAGGUAGCGGUGAUAACCGUGCUAUGCUGGUAAUCCAUGGCAGCGAAAGAUCCCAUUUCUCUCCAACUUGUUUGCAUUGUGCCCACCAUACAUUUUCUAAACAGAAUAAAACACCCAAGGGCUCUUAAUUUUUAAGCAAAUGGUUGUAACGUUGCUGUGUCAGGGGCACGCUGUCCCUCCCCAUUUUGCAGACUGGGACGCCAACUCAUGGAGGGACAAAAAUUCUCAGUGCCAGCAGCAGCUUGCUGUCGCGUUUUGAGGCGCGGGGUAUCCAUUUGUUUUAAAAGCUCAGAUAAGAUCCAUACCUCUCAUCUUUUUUCUUCCUUACUGCUUUUGUUCCUGCUUAUGCAUUCCCCCCGCCCCGAACCAUAUUAAAAGGCAAAGAUUCAGAAACUGGGAAGAUUAUCUCAAAUUGUAAAAUAGCAACAACAAAAAAAAUAAUUGGUGAAUAGACAUUACUUGCGCGGGGUUAUUUUUUAGAGGUUUUACCGAGACAGACAUAAUUAGCCAACUGAUAUCACGAUGCUAAUAGAGAUAUUUACUGCUUCAAAGUGUAUUUGCAGUGUUGUGAAGCACUCCAGUGAAUUUCUUUUGUUUUGGAAGAAAGUAACUGGGAUUUUUUUUUUUUUCCCCUUCCCCUCUGUGGUGGGUGCAGCAGAGAUGGGGGACAGGACGGGAUGGGACCCCUGUGCUCCCCACUGCCUUCCCCUUGGCUGCUGCCUGCGCUGCCAGCUCGGUGGCACCCGAUGGCUUUGCCCUGCCCUUUCCCUACAUCUUUUAUUACCAGAAUUGCCUUGAUUUAACCCAGCUUGCCGGUGGACAAAGACGGUCGGGAUUGCUUCUCUAAAUAACCCCCUUUGGCAGGGCUGGCUGGACAAGGGAGAGGGAAAGGUUGUGCGCAGGUAAUGCUUUAAUCACCCUUUUAAUUGUGCUUUCCCGCUAGGAACCAGCCUAGCUCCAGCUUGAACCCUGUGCUUGCUCCCACGCUGCCGGAGAUUGCCCAGCAGCCGCCAUGGCUUGUUGUGCAAGCUGGUUUUUCUUGGGGUAACUCACUCCCCAGGGUAAAGACCACAUCUUUUUCUCCUCCUUCCACCAAGAUAGGUUGAUGCCAUCACUUCCAAAAACAUCGAGUGACGGCACCUGGCUGCAGAUGGGACAGCCUGUGCCUGCGAGAGUAAGGGAGGUGCCUCAUUUUAGUUUAUAUUUGACCCAUGGAGGAAAACACAAAGAAAAAAUGCUUAUUUUUUUUGCUUUCUUCCUGUAAGGCACCACACACCCAGUUAUUGAAAGGGUAAUUAUACACCAGACGAGUGUUUGUUUAUAAAAGAAGUGUGAUUCACGGUUGCCAGGCCUGCCACAGGAGCUGGAAAGGGUUAACAACCUAAAAUUAUAUUGGUCCAACCGGAGAACCAUAAACAGGAAGUUCUCCAGAAAAAUUUAAAUUUAAACCUGGUGACUCAGGUUGGCUUGUGCUCCCUGAGCUGCUCAGGAGGUACGCAUGGGUUGCAGCCCCGGUUUAUUACCGGUGGCUAAUUACACUGUUGGUUCGAAAACAGCGGCGAAGAUGGGCAGAAGCGAGGCCGGGAGGGAUCAGGUUGUCGGAUAAUCUUGGUUUUCCUUCAUCCACGUGAAUGGCGAGUUGCUUCGUCUCAAGCACUUUCUCCCAUCGCGUGGCAUUGCUCAUAGCUGGGUUUUAUAGCACGUUAUGCUAAUAAAAAUGUUUUCUGGGGUUCCAGUUGUCCGAUUGAGCGGUGUUAUAGCAGCGCCGGUGCAGGGGAACUUGUAAGUAAAGCUGAUGAGAAGCAAACGGAGAACCAGCCACACGUUUGCUGCCCAGCAGUGAGAAAAGGCAGCUGGGGAGGCAAUGUGAGCAGCGGCCAAGCCAGAGUCCUAAAAUGCAUGUUACUAGCUUAGGCUUUGGGUAGCAGUGUGAGAAUUUGGACUGGUCCAAGAGAGGACUCAGGCACCUUCCCAGGAAGCGCUUGGUGCAGAUUUGGGAUGGGAUGCCAGUGCCACUGAGCCAUAGGCACGCUCUAGGUGAGGCAUCUCUGGGAAAAGAUACUUGCAUUUCAUCAUGAGACCAAUUUUUUCUUUCUAGUUAAAGCAGUAUGAUGCAGAAAACGUUGGGAGAUUUUGGGUGAGAUGCUUUAACGAAGCAGCACCUCUUUAACUUAAUUAAAUACAUUGAAAACAGCAGCUGAAUUCCCGGAUUUUUAUUAUACUGAUAGGUGAAAGAAAUCCAAUUAUUUUCAGGAUGGCUGUGCGGCUGUAACCAUCUGACCCAGCCACCCUUACAUAUGUUGUGUAAUUUAUUUUGAGUACUCUUCACCUUUGAGCUAGCUCGCGUGGGGAAAAUCAUUCAGGUAACCCAGUUUUUACUAGCAACCAUAUUACAGAUUUUAAGAAUGAAGGCUGCUCUGCUGGCAGGUGAGCCGCUCCUACAGCUGUUCUAUCAGAGAAAUCCUUUGAAGCAGCUCACAGCUCCAGACACUCGGGUUGUUACUUUUUUUAAUAUCCUCUCUCUAAAUAUUUACAGGGUUUGGUUUUUUUUUUUUUAAAUUUUUUUUUUCCUCCCCUUCGGAUUUGUUUUUAAACAUAGCGUGUUCUUCAGCCGUUAUUUUGCCAAGGAAUGCCUGGAGCAUCCAUUGCAUUGAUUUGCCUUACUAGGACGGUGGGAGGGUGGGGAAAAGAGCCUGCUGUGGCUGCAGAUGGAGGUGCUGACCUCGGGGGAGACACCGGCUCUCGGGGAGGGGGAACACGCUGGAAGGGGGUGCCGCUGCCCCGGGACAAGCCCUGCUCACCCCAGAACCCAUCACCAAGGACGAGACCUGCGGGGCUGGGCUGUUUGAGGCCAGUAUCGCUUGCUCACACGUUCCCUCUUCUCUCUUUUCCAGGAUACCGUUCAAGAUCGGGCAGCCCAAGAAACAGAUUGUACCCAAGACAGCAGCAGAUACGUGGAAAGCAGAAAACAGGAAGCCCAAAGCCUUGCAACCUCACAGUGGAGAGAGACUUUGAAAGGGAAUAUGGAAAGCUUCAGCAAUUGGAAGAUCAGACCAAAAAACUUCAGAAGGAUAUGAAGAAAAGCACAGAUGCAGACUUGGCCAUGUCCAAGUCGGCUGUCAAAAUCUCUUCGGACCUGUUGUCUAACCCCUUGUGUGAACAGGAGCCCAGCUUUCUGGAGAUGGUCACAGCCUUCGACACAGCGAUGAAGAGGAUGGACUCUUUCAACCAGGAGAAGGUGAAUCAGAUCCAAAAGACAGUCAUAGAGCCUUUGAAAAAGUUCAGCAGCGUGUUUCCCAGCCUGAACAUGGCAGUGAAGAGACGGGAGCAAACACUGCAGGACUACAAGCGCCUCCAGUCCAAGGUGGAGAAAUACGAGGAGAAGGAGAGGACCGGGCCUGUCCUCGCCAAGCUGCACCAGGCCCGCGAAGAGCUGAGGCCGGUGAAGGAGGACUUUGAAGCCAAAAACAAGCAGCUCCUGGAGGAAAUGCCCAAGUUUUAUAGCAGCCGCAUCGAUUACUUCAAACCCAGCUUUGAGUCGCUGGUCCGGGCGCAGGUAACACACAGUACCUCCAGCAAUUUAAUUACCAAGUGGUGACAGGGCACGGGGAGCAGUGGUGGGACACUGGGCAGGUAACCAUCAGACCUUGUCCUGGCAGAAGAGUGUGUUGGCAUCUGCCAGUACCUGUGGUGAUGUGGUGGUGGCUGUCGGAUAGAAAGGACAGCUGGAGGUGAGUUUUCUCUGGUUUAUAUGGGUCUGCCUCGUAUCAGGGACACUCCGGGUACAUACAUGAUGUCUUGUGCCACGAGGUUGCCUGUGUAAUGCGGUUCAAGCCCUGGUUAUAGAUUAGCUGCUGGCAUUUGAUGGCUUUAUUUAUCUGGGUAUGUCAUCACUUUGCAUUUGUAGUCAUGAGCUCAGGGUUGGAUCUUGUUUGAGAUUAUGACAUGCUCAGGGCUCAUCUUAAGGGUCUCUUCUAGCUCUUGGUAACAGAACCGGUGUGUGCUGGCAGAGAUAGAGGCGGCUGCUGUGUAAUCUCCACACCAAGGAUUUGCAGGAAGGGGUGGCCUAAAUAAACCACAGCCUGCUUUAAUUUCCAUCCUCCAGCUUCCUUCUGUGACUUGCUGCCGCUCCUCCUCCGUCUUCCUUCUCCUCUCGCCCUUUUCUUUAGGCUGGAGAGGAACUUUAUCGGGAUCUAAUCUAGCUUUGAACUUCUGGCAUCUCGGGCGUACGUCGUGCCCUGGAUCACGGGGUGGUCCAGCACCAGGAGGUGGGCGAAACCACGUGCUGCUCCUUGCGUGGGCGUUUUCCUACGGUAUUUUUUUGGAAGGGAAUUGCUGCAGUGACACAGGUGCGGUGGGGUGGCUGCAAGGAGGUGCAAAGAGCACGUGUUUCAUCUCACCUCCGACUUGGGGGGGCCUCUCCGCAGAGCUGCCAGCAAGUUGUCUGCAGGCUGAUUCACCUACCAGAUGGUGCCGAUGCACCCUGCCGCCGCCUCAGUGGGUGCUGGGGAUGCUGUUCUUGCUGUUCCCUUAGCAAUCGGGCGCGCGGGGCUCCCUGUUCCCAGCCAUCGCAGCCGAAAUAACCAGACUCCCUGGAGCCACCGCAAAGUCUCGCUGGCCCUUCCCCCCUGCAAACCCUCUCCGGCCGCUCGCUGUGGGUGGGUUGUUUGGACGAGACCUUGAAACCCAAAUGUCACCUGCCCUGUCUGGGUGUUUGUGAUCCGCUGGCAGUUUCCUUAGAGAGCAGCUUUGCCCCUCUGUCCUUGGCCACGAUGUCCCUCGCUCUGCUCGUGCUGGCUCCCGGCUGCCAGCUGGCUCCUGCCUCGGCUCGUCGGGAGCUCGGGGGGGAGCAAUGGGCUCGGGGCACCGGGAGAUGCAGGGUGCUGUUGCCGGGGCUGUUUGUUUGCAAGACUCUCCAUUCCUACCCUCUUCUUCCUUGGGAAUCCUCUGUUUUGUUUCUUGGCUGCCUGCCCUGCCUCUCUUCAGGUGAGGAUUUUUGUUAGGAAAGGCGAGUGAGAUCGCGUUUUUGAUACCCAAGAGGCAGCGUCAUAACAAAGCUGAUGCAGCUCCUGUAGGCUAGACUAAAGCUGGUCCCAGAUGGAUGCUAAAGCAUGUCACAUCCCGCCCUCCCCGCCGACCUAGAUGGGAGCCGCAUUCCUCUUCCCCAGCGCUGGCUGCAUCCUUCCACCCCCCUGGGAGGGAUGCACCGGCACUACGGCAACUCCACUGCCGGGAGGAGAGCUCGGCAUUCCCCUGUUGCCUCCUUUGUGCCGAGGCUGGGCUCAGGCCAUCUGCCCCCUGCCCUUUCAGGAGCUCUUGCUGGGGGGGCUGCGCAGCGUUUCCCCCAUUCCAGGUGGCUGAAAUAAAAAAGAAAAGGGAAGUGACUUGCCCAAGGUAACUUAAUGAGUCAGUGGCGAGCCAGGAAUAGCACCCAGGAGCCCUGACUCACUGCAGUGGCUGCUCACCUGCAGGGACCUGGGCAGGGGAGGGCAGCCGGGGCGGGGGCUGCUGCGGUGAUGCCAGGAGCAUCCCCAUCCCAACAUCCCAGGUCUGAGCUGGCGAUGGGAGGCAUGUGAUCAGGGAUGGGGCUGUGCUGCUGCCCCAGGCCAGCCCCAUUCAUCCUGCUGCUGCUUCCCGGGUUCUCUCUCCUUCCAUGUCUCAAUGAGCUUAUUUAGCAUCUCGGGGGGGUUUCGUGUUACUCGGUGGAAUUUCUAUUUUUCAGCCUCUUCUGCGGGUACCUCUAGGAGCGAUGGUUGGCUGAUGGGGUUUGAGCGCACAUCCCUCAGGGAAAGGG